UUGGAUAUUACCGAGGCUCAAUCUUUUCCGAUGGCAUAUAGCAACAUUGAGAAGGAGGAAAACUCGGAAAAGCCGAAGGAAAUCUUUGUCUGUCAGAAUUGCAGAUUUUCUGUUCCUUAUGAUUACUUCGGAAGAAGACCCCCGUUUUCCAAAUCCUUUGUGUUGAUGGAGGAGGCCUUUGUGAUGAAAGACCCAUUUAGUGCUGAUGGAGGGAUGAUUACUCUGGGCUCCAACUGCAGUAGUUGUGGAGCCAUAGUCUGUUUAUCACAGGACUGCAGUCUAUUUUACACAAAACGUUUUUGUUUACCAUGUGUGAAAAGAAACUUAAGGGAUUUCCCAUCAGAAAUAAUAGAGGCGUCCAAAUGCUGGGAGUCCUUUGGGAUCUGUCACAUCUACAAGGCUGUGAGAUGAAAAGAAAAAGAAAGGAGUGAAGAGAAAUUGUUGUAGGUCCAAUAUCCCAACAUCUGCGGAAGAUACAACCAAAAGGACAAAGGAACGAUAAGAAUUGAAAUGCACCCUGUAUUGCAAUAAAAUGGGUGUUUAUCACGUGGUACAUACAGGGGAAAGUACAUCUAGAUUAUAGGUUUUAAUAAACGUCAGGCAUUUUAUCUCCUGUACUUUGUGCUAUGGGAGACCUUGAUUAGUAAUUACCGCUGAUGAUCCCAACACGGACAAUUACUGGCUUCAAAUGUUGAUCCCUUUUUGCGAUACCUGUGAAAAUUAGACCUUUAUCCAUAUAACAAUUAUGAAAUUCGUUCACUGGAGCUGUGAAGCUGGGGACAUGCAUUGGAUAUAUUUCGUUGGAGGCCAUAGAAUGGGGAAGCAUAUAGCUUAUCUAUCUGUGUUUUUUAAAAGUUGAUAUUAUUUAUUUUGCAUGUUUAACAUAUAAGUAGAACACGGUUGAUUUUUACGAGAAAUAGAUGUGCAUGUAUAGAAAUGAUAAAGAAAUAAGCCUGUGUUUGUUUCCACGUGUUUUUGUUUUUUGUGUCAAGACUGAAAGGAGGACGGAAUUAAUUUAGAUCUAAUGAUGUGUACCAGUUUUAUUUGUCAGUGUUGGACUUCUGUUUUAUUAUUACAUUGUACUAGUCAAAAUAUUGUAAAUUGAAUAUUUCGAAAUGAGAAGGACUACAAUAACUUACUUGUACUGAUGUUUUAAUGAGGUUACUGUGUUAUGGAAUCACACACGCGGCCUUGUGAAAUUCUGAUCUGUGUUAAGCAAGGUAUUGUUAUCCUCACACGAGCAUUGGAAUAUAAUUAAUAAAACGAUUAACAAGCUAAGAAA